UAUGCGGUGCCUGCCAGGGACUGUGGCAGCAGUAAGCAGUGGAGAGAGAGAGUGCUGUUUGAGAGCACCACCCACUACAGAAAUGGCGGAGGGGGAAUUGGACGUCGACUCACUGAUCGCCCGAUUAUUAGAGGUGCGGGGAUGUCGCCCAGGGAAGAUUGUGCAGAUGUCAGAGGCUGAGGUGAGAGGCCUCUGCAUCAAGUCCAGAGAGAUCUUCCUCAGCCAGCCCAUCCUGUUGGAAUUGGAGGCUCCCCUCAAAAUCUGUGGUGACAUCCACGGCCAGUACACAGACCUGCUGCGGCUCUUUGAGUACGGGGGCUUCCCGCCCGAGGCCAACUACCUGUUCCUGGGGGACUACGUGGACCGAGGAAAGCAGUCCCUGGAGACCAUCUGUCUACUGCUGGCCUACAAGAUCAAAUACCCUGAGAACUUCUUCCUCCUCAGGGGCAACCACGAGUGUGCUUCCAUCAACCGCAUCUAUGGCUUCUAUGAUGAGUGUAAACGCAGAUUCAACAUAAAGCUGUGGAAGACAUUUACUGACUGCUUCAACUGCCUUCCCAUCGCUGCCAUCGUAGAUGAGAAGAUCUUCUGUUGCCAUGGAGGCCUCUCUCCAGACCUGCAGUCUAUGGAGCAGAUCCGUCGUAUCAUGAGACCCACAGACGUCCCCGACACCGGGUUGCUGUGCGACUUGCUGUGGUCGGACCCAGACAAAGAUGUUCAGGGUUGGGGGGAGAACGACCGCGGGGUCUCGUUCACGUUUGGGGCUGAUGUGGUCAGCAAGUUCCUCAACCGUCACGAUCUGGACCUCAUCUGCAGAGCCCACCAGGUGGUGGAGGAUGGCUAUGAGUUCUUUGCCAAGCGGCAGCUGGUGACUCUGUUCUCAGCUCCUAACUACUGUGGAGAGUUUGACAACGCCGGCGGUAUGAUGAGUGUUGACGAGACCCUGAUGUGCUCCUUUCAGAUCCUGAAGCCGUCUGAGAAGAAGGCCAAGUACCAGUACGGAGGGAUGAACUCCGGCCGACCCGUCACCCCGCCCCGCACCGUGGUCCCACCAAAGAAACGGUGAACAAGGAAGAGAGAGAGAGCAGAAGGGAGGGAGAUGGAGGGAUGUGGAGAGGGAGGUGGAGAUGGAGGGAUGUGGAGAUGGAGGAAUGUCGUGGAUGAGUGACAGUCCCUCAUCAGUUUUUCACAAUGGAGAAACACUUAGCAGAAAUAAAUAAACAUAGAUAAAACACAAAGCAAAGUUUUUGAUUUCAUGACCCCCUGCCCCCCACCCCCGUUGUGUCUUUUGUUGUCAUUUCGCCCUCUGAACUGUUCUGUGUCACGUACUGCUCCCCAUGUGUAACCAGCCACACCUGUUUGUUUUUUUAAAAGUUGCGUUUAAAGGAAACAAUUCUGUUUGCA